AACCUUUUGACUUCCGGUUCAACUCACCAGGACAUCGCUCCCAGAUGGUCUUGCUACAGUCCAAGUUCUUCCUGCUCCGGCCCACAGCCUCAUACUGUGGCAGACCUCCGUACCUUACCCCUCUCGGGGCUUCUCCUCCCGGUGGCCGUGCUCGGCUUCUGGUGCUCCAGAUCUCCGGCUUGCCAGACUCAUUGCAGCACCAACUCCCAUCCUGCCCAGCCAUCCUCACUACUGUGUUCGUGCCUCACCGAAUUCAUACCUCCACGAUGCUUCCGUGUUCUGCUUCAGGGUCACGAACCGGGUCCUAUUCACACCACAUUCAGCCAGACGC